AUGGCCGAGGACGGUUGCCUGACGGUUCCCGGCGUUCACGACGGCUUGACCGCAUUGCUCGCGGAACAGGCCGGCUUCCGGGUGGCCCUGCUCGGAGGCAACGCCACCACGGCCAGCGUCCUGGGCCUUCCGGAUCUCGGUUUUCUCUCGGCUGACGCGCUCAUCACGCACGUUCGGAACAUUUGCCACGUGCUACGCAUCCCUCUCCUGGUGGACGCGGACACCGGCUUCGGCGGCCCGCUGCAGGUGCACCGGGUUGUAGCCGCGCUGGAACGGGCCGGCGCGGCGGCGAUCCAGAUCGAGGACCAGGUGCCCGCCAAGAAAUGCGGACUCCUCGAGGGAGGACACCCGCUGAUCUCCGCAACGGAAAUGGUAGAGAAGGUGCAGGCCGCCACCGCCGCCCGGAAGGACGCGGACACCGUGAUCGUCGCGCGCACCCUGGCCUACUCGUCCGGCGGCCUCCAGGAGGCCAUCCGUCGCGGCUGCGCCUACCGUGAAGCCGGCGCCGGCGCGAUCUUCGUGCAGUCUCCGGGCACUCUUGAGGAACUCCGUGAGAUCCGCGGCUCCAUUCCGGGCCCGCUGGUAGUCAACAUGGACGAGGCCAUCCCUGCCUCCGCCCUGGACGUGAGCGAAGCGGCGGCCGAGGGUUACCAGAUGGCACUCUUCCCCGGAUCCAUCCGGUACACCCUGGUGAAGGCGGUCAAGGAAACCCUCGCCGUGUUGGGCCGGGAAGGCACGACCCGGCGCCACAGGGACCACAUGGCGUCCCUGGCCGAGUAUCACGACGUGUUGCGAAUGGACGAGUUCCUGGAGCUGGAAGGCUCGCUGACGAAGCCCUCGUAG